AUGCUGCUUGUCCUAGCCCUCUUUACCAGCUUACUGCUGCUGCCCCUGGUGCUCCCAGGACAGCCCCAGAUCUCCAAGGGAAAUUUUACAAUCAGCUUUGUGAAUGGCAGCCAGAUUCAACCAAUGCAUGGGCUGGCGAAAAGCAUGCCAGGCUUUCUGGAUGAGGAUAGCAUAUGCCAUUGUGUGGUCCAUCUGCCCAACAAUCUCAUCCCCCUGCAGCAGCUGGAGAAGCUACAGAGUACAGCCCAGGAACUCGUGGACAAAUAUGCACAGAAGCUUUCCAAGGAUGUGAGUGGCUGGGUGCUGCUGCAGGAGUUGAAGUUUGGGGAACUGUCUGUUCAUCCUGCCUGUGCCCAGGUCAGUGAGUAUGCAUGUGCGACUGAAAAGCAGAAUAACCAGGUUCGGGAAAUGACCCACAAGCUGCAGUCCAGCAGUUCCAGUGCCCUCUCUUCUUCCUAUGAAGACCUGGCCUUUAACCUGCUGUACCUGGAGCUAGAAAAAGCACAGCAGUUGGUGACUCAGCUUAAGGCCAAGGGAGAAGUGCACAGGUCUGCACCCCUCCUCGACCAACUCCGGGACCAGGUGGCAAAUGCAAGCUUCACUCUCAAGCUUCUUGGUGACUCUGAUCAGCGCAGAUUUGGUGCUCUACUCCAGGAAGUGGAUGUCCUUGAGAGCCAACUGAGGGAGUGUGAGAGGCACAGGGAGCAAGAACUGGCCUCCAGUUACUCUGGUCCACCCCUACUCCCUGGUUCCUGUGCUCAUCGAGGCCUCCAGAAAGUCAGCAGACCCCUUGUGGUGCAGCUCAAUUGGAGAGGCUUUUCACAUAAGGCAGGUGCCUGGGGCCGAGACUCAGCUCCCAAUCUAAACUCUUCCUACUACUGGGUGGCCCCACUGAGUACAGAUGGCAGGUACUUUGACUUCUACCGGCUGUACAAGUCCUAUAAUGACCUGGUGCUGCUGAAGAACUACAAGGAGUGGAAGAUAGGCUAUGGUGAUGGCAGUGGCAAUACUGUGUACAAGAACUUCAUGUACUUUAACUACUAUGGCACAGGUGACGUGGCCAAGGUGGAUCUUUCCUCCAACGCCUUGGUACUGCGGCGUCCCUUGCCUGGUGCCACUUACAACAACCGCUUCUCCUAUGCUGGUGUGCCCUGGAAGGACAUAGAUUUCUCUGGGGAUGAGAAAGGGCUGUGGGUGCUCUAUGCCACUGAGGAGAGUAAGGGUAACCUGGUUGUUAGUCGUCUCAAUGCCAGCACCCUAGAAGUGGAGAAAACCUGGCGCACCAACCAGUACAAACCAGCCCUGUCAGGGGCCUUCAUGGCCUGUGGGGUGCUCUAUGCCUUACGCUCAUUGAGCACCCGCCAAGAGGAGAUCUUCUAUGCUUUUGAUACCACCACCGGGCAGGAGCGCCGCCUCAGCAUCCUCCUAGACAAGAUGCUGGAAAAGCUGCAGGGCAUCAAUUACUGCCCAUCUGACCACAAGCUAUAUGUCUACAAUGAUGGGUACCUCAUCACUUAUGACCUCACCUUCCUGACAUUGAAGUACAGGCUACCGAGGCCAUCAGCUAAAACGCCCUUUGAGAUGCGUGUCCCAUUCAAAUCUGUCAAACCCAGCAAAUCCUUCAGGCCCUGA